AACCAUAAUAGCCUCAUCUCUUGCAAACCUCACUCUGUUUCUCAACACAAACAAAACAACAACCAGAAAUUCAAAGCCCAAAAAAAAAAAAAUGUCAACCUUCAGAGUUCAGCCUGCCACAACAUUUGCUAUCUCCUCAACAAUUAAGCACUUUGGCUUCACUCUCCGCUUUCCCCAGAAAAACUGCGCCGUUUUCAGGCGACCUCGAAACCUCUCAAUUAUGGCGGCCUCUACUGAUCCUCUGGAAAUCUGCGUCAAAGCUUCGGUCACUGCUCCUAACAAACCCGGCGAUUGUCCUUUUUGCCAAAGGGUAUUGCUUACUAUGGAGGAAAAGCAUCUACCUUAUGACAUGAAGUUGGUAGAUUUGAGUAACAAGCCAGAAUGGUUCUUAAAAGUCAGUCCAGAAGGUAAGGUUCCUGUUAUUAAACUUGAAGAAAAGUGGCUUCCAGAUUCAGAUGUUAUCACACAAUUGUUGGAAGAGAAGUUCCCUGAUCCACCAUUGGUAACCCCACCUGAGAAGGCUUCAGUUGGAUUGAAGAUCUUCUCCACAUUUAUUGGUUUUUUGAAAAGCAAAGACUCUGGUGAUGGAACUGAGCAGGCAUUACUUAAUGAACUAAGUUCAUUUGACAAUUAUAUCAAAGAAAAUGGCCCUUUUAUCAAUGGGGAGAAGGUGUCUGCAGCAGAUUUGUCUCUGGCGCCGAAGCUAUACCAUCUGGAAAUUGCUCUGGGGCAUUAUAAGAAAUGGUCUGUUCCAGAUUCACUUCAGUAUGUGAAGUCUUACAUGAAGAACAUUUUCUCAAAGGAUUCAUUUAUUAAAACACAAGCACUUCCAGAAGAUGUUAUUGCCGGUUGGCGUCCCAAAGUUCUUGGUUAAUAUCUUUUCAAGCUGUUGUUGCACUCUUUUCCAAACGAAUUAUCAGGUAUCUCCCUGUGAUCUUCGGCUAUGGAUGUGGAAUGUUGUAAUCCUAUAACUAAGACCAACCUUCUGUAUUAUAGUUGGAAUCAGUUCUCUGUAUUUUAGCCUUGAAAUAAAGUAAAAUCCUUAUUCUAAUUAUUACUUGGGAAUUAUCUUCAUGUAAAUUGUUUUUAUCAUAGUUU